AUGGCCCCCAGCUGCUUGGGGAACUGCGCGCCGUUUGUCUUCCUCGCCGUUGUGUUUGAUGCCGCGGGUCUGGCUGUACUGCUGGUUGGGAUUUUCGGCAACCUGAACGUGGACGGCCGCUUCUAUGGGGAUUUCCUCAUCUACACGGGCUCGAUCAUCCUGUCCCUCAGUUUGAUCUGGUGGGUUCUGUGGUACACAGGGAACGUGCCGCUGCACGCGGAGGACAGGACAGCUGGCUCACUGGACAUCACCUUUACGCAUUGGGUCGGGAAGCUGUCGGAGAGGCUCUCCAAAGUCCCCAUCAAGCCUCUGGAAGCCGGGGAGAAGAAGAAGAAGAAAAGUAUUGGGAACGGGAAGGAGGUGAACGGGACUGUGCGUGCUUGUGCGCCGUGUCGGAUCACGUGGGGAGAUGGCAGCGGAGCGGGUCAGGACAACAGAGGGUUCGAUGGAUGGACGGAGCGCGCGUCUCCAGCGGACAGAAACGUGGAGCUGGGGGUGUUGCAGAGCUCCGACGUGGCUCUUGCAGGCAGCGGAUGGCAGAGCAGAUAAGGUGACGUCAGGACGGACUCUCUCCUGAAAACAUGAAGUUAUGAACUUUUUUUUAUAUUUUUUUUUUAUUGAAAGACAAUUCCUUAAUCAGGGAAAAGCCUCCUGCGUCCACAGCAAGCAGGAGGGCUGUGCACAGAGGAAGAAAAGGUCUUUGACAUUUACAUAGCAAAUUUCUAUUUUUACGUGUUGAUUUUGUGACAUGUAAAUAAUUUUUCUUGGGAAUAAAGUGUACAUGUAUCUGGA